UUGUCCCAAGGCUGUCCUCCCCGCGCGGUGACGUCACCCCUCUCUCUGGUGAUUGGCCCCGGGGAGGCGGCGGCAGCCAAUGGGCGCCUCGCUCAGGGUGCGGCUCUUCAAACCUUUCCCUCCUGCGGCUGCCAGCCAGAUCCUGGGCUGGCUGGUGACUUGUUCCUGCCAUCGCAAGGAGCUGCCUGAGGCGGUUGAUGGCACAGGGUCAAGAUUAAGGUCAGAGGCCUCCUAGGGCUGGGAUUUGACCCGGAAGCGGUAGGAGCCCAGGCCCGGGUCAAGGAGAGACCCCGGACCUGACUUCACAGGCUUGAAAAUGCCAAUGAAAUUCUGAUCAAGCCGAACAUGCUGUACGGAAAAUGUGGCCUUACCGUGCCACUCGACUGUGCGUCUGUCUCCCCACUUAUGCUUGAGCUCCUUGGAAGUAGACAUCGGUCCUUCUCAAUUACUUAGAGUAAGGGAUCAAUAAAUGCAUGUGGAACGAAUAAAUGACUAGAUAAGGUCCAGGUGAAGUUGUGUUUAUAUAGGUCCCUGAAAAUCCAGUGGUCAUUUUAAUCAAUUCUAAGUACUGGACUUAAUAAGCUGAUACCGUGUGCUUACCAUGGUAGGUGCCAACACUUGAACCCUUUAUUUGCAUCUGUUCCAAACAGUUCUACAAGGUGAGGCAGCUUCAGUGUACCGCAAGGGCUCAUCUGGAAGAAUCUCUUCGAGUUCUAGCCUUAACCCUCCGUCCCGCCGGCCGCCCCAGCCAGGUCGCAGCCAGCAGAGGGCGCUGCCGGGCAUGGCCGAGGAGCGUCGCGGGGCCUGGUUCGGCUUCGGUUUCUGCGGCUUCGGGCAGGCGCUGGGCUCGGGGCGCGGGCGCCAGGUACACAGCCCCGAGCCUCUGAGGGCGCCAGGCGCGGGCCUCGAUGUCUGCCGCGUGAGCGCGAGCUGGAGCUACACCGCCUUCGUGACCCGUGGAGGAGGCCGGUUGGAGCUGUCUGGCUUCGCGGUCGGAGCGGCGGGCGGCUGCAGGGACGCGUGGGCGUCGGAGGAGCUCCUGGUGGUGUUGCGCGCGGGGCCGGGACCCGGGGCCGGGACGGAGCUGCAGGCCUGGGCGCCCGGUUCGGCGCUGCGCGGGGAGCCCCUCUGGGCCCAGACCGUGCCGGAGGCCGAGCGGGAAGACGGACCGGGCGGCGAUGAGACCCAGGCUGGGCCGCUGCCGCUGCUGCCCUGCGCUCGCGCCUACGUGAGCCCGCGGCCUCCCUUCUACCGGCCUCUGGCCCCGACACUGAGGGCGCGCCGGCUGGAGCUGGGCGCUGAGCACGCGUUGCUGCUGGACGCGGCGGGCCAGGUGUUCUCCUGGGGCGGGGGCAGGCACGGACAGCUGGGCCACGGGACUCUGGAGGCAGAGCCGGAGCCGAGGCUGCUGCAGGCGCUGCAGGGCCUCACCAUGGCUGAGGUGGCCGCAGGUGGCUGGCACUCUCUGUGUGUGAGUGAGGCUGGGGAUAUUUAUAUCUGGGGCUGGAAUGAAUCAGGGCAGCUGGCCCUGCCCACCAAGAGCCUGGCAGAGGAUGGAAAGACAGCCGCAGAAGCCUCAGGACUGAAUGAAGAUGGUUCUGAAGUGAAGAGAGUAGCCGGGGGUGAGGAUGGAGCCCCCGCCCCCUUCAUAGCUGUCCAGCCCUUCCCGGCUUUAUUGGACCUCCCCCUGGGCUCAGAUGCAGUCAAGGCCAGCUGUGGAUCCCGGCACACAGCGGUGGUGACAAGAACCGGGGAGCUCUACACCUGGGGCUGGGGUAAAUAUGGACAGCUUGGCCACAAAGACACGACCAGCUUGGAUCGGCCCUGCCGUGUGAAGUACUUUGUAGAUAAGCAACUCCAAGUAAGGACCGUGAGCUGUGGGCCCUGGAACACCUACGUGUAUGCUGUGGAAAAAGAGAAGAGCUGACAUGUAUAGAUAAGGGCAUAAAAUAAAUGUAGAGUGAAAAAUUAUGAAGCUAACACCUGUGAAACUCCCCCCAGGUCAAGGAAAACCAUUGCCAGCACCCCAGAGGCCCCACAUUUGGCCUUCCCUAUCACAGCCCUCUUGCUCUACCUUAGAGCAGGCAGCAUUCUCAACUUUGUCUUCACAUUAGAAACACCUGGAGGGAACUCCCUGGCAGUCCAGUGGUUAGGACUCUGCGCUUUCACUGCCUAGGGUGCGGGUUCAAUCCCCAGUCUGGGAACUAAGAUCACACAAGCCGCAUGGCACAGUGUGGCCCAAAAAAAAAAAAAAAAAAAGAAAGAAAAGAAAGAAACACCUGGAGAUUUGAAACUGGAUGCCUAAAGCCAGCAUUGCAGACACAAUGAAAUCAGAACUUAGGGGUGUGGAACCUAGAUGUGGGUAGAUUUUUUAGGCUGCCCCACCCCCAGUGAUUUGGAGGUAGUGCUAAGAUUGGGGACCACUAGAGGUCAUCUCCUUUUGUUAUUCAUAUACCUGUUAUCAUUUUGACUCAUACCAUUCCUGUAUGCAUCUUUAUACAAUAUAAUUUGUCUGCUUUUGAACUUUAGGUAAAUAGAAUCAUUCUGUGUAUGUUCUUUUAUGUCUUGUUUUUCAUCAGCACUGUAUGAUUCAUCUGUGGUGUCGUGCAGUUGAUUCAUUUUUAUUGUUAUAUGGUAUUCCAUUGUAUGAAUUAUACCUCAAGUUAUAUAUUCUCUUACUGAUAGUAAUUUUUUUUUCUUAUUGAGUUAAAAUACACAUAACAAAAAAUUUACUAUCUUAAUCAUUUUUAAGUGGCAUUAAAUACAUGCACAUUGUUGUGUAGCCAUCACCACCAUCCAUUCCCAUCUCUUUUCAUCUUGUAAAUCUGAAACUCUACAGCUAUUAAACAAUAACUCCCUGUUCUCCCCAGCCCCUGGCAACCAUCAUUAUACCUUGUGUCUGUCUUUGUGCUCUUGACUACUCUACGUACCUAAUAUAAGUGGAAUCAUACAGUAUUUAUCUUUUUAUAAGAUAAAUAUUGAAUUAUUUCACUUGGCAUAAUGUUCUCAAGGUUCAUCCAUGUUAUAGCAUAUUGCAGAAUUUCCUUCCUUUUUAGGCCUGAAUUCCAUUGUAUGUAUAUACCACAUUUUGUUUAUCCAUUCACUGGUUGAUGGACACUUGGGUUGCUUUCAUGUUUUAGCUAUUGUGAAUACUGCUGCUAUGAAUAUGGGUUUACAAACAUCUCUUUGAGACUCUGCUUUUAAUUUUUUUGGAUAUGUACCCUAAAGUGGAAUUGCUGGGUCAUAUGGUAAUUCUAUUUUUAAUUUUUUGAGGAGCCUACAUACUGUUUUCCACAGUGGCUUUCCCAUUUUACAAUCCCACCAAUAGUGCACAAGUGUUCCAAUUUCUCCACAUCCUCACCGAACACUUUGUUUUCCGUUUUUUUGACAGUAGCCAUCCUGAUAGGUGUGAGGUGGUAUCUCAUUGUAAUUUUGAUUUGAGUUUCCCUAAUAACCAGUGAUGUUAAGCAUCUUUUCAUGUGCUUAUUGGCCAUUCACAUAUCUUUUUUGGAGAAAUGUCUAUUAAAGUCCUUUGCCCAUUUUUGAAUCUGGUUUUGUGUGUGUGUGUGUUGUUUUAGGAGUUCUCUAUGUAUUCUAGGUACUAACCCUUUAUCAAGUAAGUGAUUUGGAAAUGUUCUCUCCCGUUCUGUUGGUUGCCUUUUUACUUUGUUGAUUCUGUCUCGAUGCAAAAAGUUUUUUUAAUUUUCAUGAAGUCCAAUUUGUCUAUUUUUUU